AUGUCACAUCCUGAGCAGGUGACCGCAAGCAGCGUUUUGGCGAACGGCCGCCGCCAAAAUGGUGGGAGUGAAUGUCAAGUUAUGAAGAAGGAAGACCUCUCUUCAACUACUGUUUUAGAAAGUGAUAUUGUUCCCGAUUGCGUCCCCCAACUUGCAGACGGAGAAGAUAGUCCUCAGCAAACGGUUUAUGGUCCAUUGAGCAAGGAAGAAACUGAGCAACUUCAACUUGAAGCAAAUGAAGAGACUACCAAAAGUGAAGAUCUUCGACUAUUUUUACAGGAAAUGCGGCAGCAUGUGUCCCAGCAGACUCAGUUGCAGCAGCAACAACAUCAGCAACAUCACCACCACUCCCAGCAAAUUGGCUCGGCCACUCAGAUGUGUGGAUCCGCUUACGAUCAUUUAAAGGGGAGCAGUGCGGUCUCUCAUCAACUCCAGCACCAGACCUUGACCCGUGGUGUCGGUGGGGCCCAGCAAAGUGGAGCUUUGGCGGCCCAGAAACGCUCGAUGCUUGCUGACCAGGACUACAUUAUGGACACGGCGCCGGAUGGUGGCUGGGGGUGGAUCGUGGUGUUCAGUUCCUUCGUCUGCAUGAUUUUGGUCGACGGGAUCAGCCUCUGCUACGGCCUCCUCGUCGCCCCGACCUGUCCCGGCAACAGCCUCCAGGCGCUGGAGAAGGCCCACCCAAAGCCGCUGACAGCCACCUCUUUGGGCAUCUUGUGGCCCUCAAAGGCCCGCGAGAUCCCUGUUCGUGCGGGCAGCUGUGUUGGCAUCUCAGAGAUGGGCGAGGCGUUGGGCACACAGUCGCGCAGUGCCCUCAUGAUACCUGGUGGCCUCCUGGUUGGCAUUUAUCUCCUACUGGGUCCCCUUGCGAGCGCACUGAGCAACCAAUUUGACUUUCGGCCCGUGGCGAUGGCUGGAGGUGUCGUGUCCACAAUCGGACUCGUAGCCGCGGCCUUCUCAACCAACGUUCAAGUGCUCCACGGCACCCUCGGCAUUAUCGGAGGCAUUGGCUUUGGAUUAAUUUAUCUUCCCGCGAUCGCAACUGUUGGUCAUUGGUUUAAACGGCGUCGCCCCUUCGCUGUCGGAUUGGCUCUCUGCGGAAGUGGUGUGGGAACUGUCAUUGGUGGACAAGUUUUGCCCCUGCUCGUUAAUUGGUUCACGUGGAGCGGGACUCUCAUCGUAUUGGCUGCGUUCUGCCUACAGUGCCUGACGCUAAUUGUGCUCUUCCGGCCGUUGGACCUGCACCUGCGGAUAAAGCACUAUCAGCGUGUGCGCAGGCAGGCGGCGUGGGACCGCGAGCGCCAGCGCAACGCCGACACGCGCGUCCACGAGCAGCGGGUGCGACGCCGAGCGCUCAAGAUCGACGUGGAGUCGACCACGAAGGCGCACGCGGCGGCCAUCGCGGCAGCCGCCAGGGCCCAGGCCUCCCAGGCCCGAGCCGCCAAGAAGGCCCUCAAGGCUCAGAAGGCCCAGCAAAGGCGGGUCAUCUAUCGCGGGUCGAUAAUGCAGCGAAUAAUCGAGGAGAAGCGGCGCCAGAGAACCGUUUCGGUUGGCAGCCUCGACGGCAUGGUGAUAACCCGGGACAACGAAUUAAUCGCCGCUCCGUUGGUUGCCGAUCGGCCCCCCAUUCUGACGGCAGCCUCCAUAACGCGCAUUUCGGAGGCCGUGAUGCGGAAGAUGGAAGCGCGUCUGGCUGGCUGGCAUGACGGUGGCACCAUCGCCAGCGGUGGUGGUGGUGGUGCUGGGGUCAUUACGGACACUCCAACGCCCGUCCGAUGCGACUCAAACACCUCUCAGCCACCGCUGGAAGUCCUCAACGCUGACACUCGAACUUCUUCUCCGUCGCGCAAGUCUUCAGGCCUGACAUCGCAUGCCGCUCUCUCUAGACUGAACCUUGUGCGCGAGAGUCUUCCACAGCUGGUGCAGGACUACGUACAGUCCCAGGCCUCGAUUGCCGUGCAGAACUACAUCGCCAAACAGCACAGCCAGAUGCUGCAGUCGAGCGGUGUUGGGGCUACUGUGGGUGCGGUUCACGCGCCCGGUGGUACCACCGACACCACUGGCAUCUCCCCCCACACCCGCAUUCGAUCGAUCAGCAACGCCACCAACAUCUAUCCCUCCGGGGGCAGCAGCACGCCGCAGGCUCAGAAGGCGCGAAUGCUCUCUUCUCAUCUCCAAAGUCGAGAUCUGACGAUUUCCAACACCCAAUCAGAUCAGGAUGGUGCAGCGCAGUCAUCGAUGAAUGGCGAUCCUAACAUCACAGGCCCCCUCGCGUCCCCUCCAUCACCCACGCGGAACCUGUUUAUCCCUUCGACCUGCGCCUCUGAGUGCCUGAGUCUUCGUCGGACGAUUUCAGAUGCCAGCCUUACAUCAUCGAAUCGUGGCCUGCUCAUUAAUGUUCCCUUAGAGAUCCGAAAUGAGGUGGCUGAGCUUCUUGAUGGCGAGGUUCGAGCCGAGGUGAAUCAGCGUCUUCGACGGGAAAUGAUGCGUCCACAGUACAAGAAAGACCUCUUCUUCACUGGCUCGGCCCAACAACUGGAUCACACCCCUAUUUCCGCCAUACCGCUUGGCGGAGUCGGCAAUGUGUGGACGACACGUGACCACUCGAAUUGGGAUGUAGGGCUGACAAACAACGCCUCAACACCGAACGCCACCAUUUCGAAUCGCGGUCUCGGUGUCGACGCCGACGGUCACGUCGAUGCGAAGACCUCCAUUACCUCGGCACAGCAGAAACUUUCUGUUUCAGUCGUCAAUGCGGCUUCCUCGGCCGCCGCCGCCGCCGGUGGAAAGGGUUCGGGUGAUCCUGCAGACCACCAGUCAGUGCGCGUCGUCGAUUACGGCGACGACCUCUCCAUCACGCCGCAGCCGCCCGUCGCUGUGCGCAAGCGAUCGUGCUGUUCAAGUCCGAUUUUGACCUUCUUGGAGGAGUUACUGGCGCCGGGUCUACUUCUCAGUCCUACCUUCAUUUCUUUGCUUCUCUCCAACAUAUUUACAAUUUGGGGCCUCGUCAUUCCCUACUUUAUGUUUCCUGACAUUGCCGCAGAGAACAACUGGACACCCGCUGAGGCCGGCUCCCUAAUCUCCUACAUCGGCCUCGCAAACACCUUUGGACGCUGCAUCGCGACGCUCUACAUUGAAAAGGCUUGGUCUAGUCACUACAAAUGGGCCGACUGCCUCCGAGUUAACGUUGGCUCGCUUCUUCUCUCGAGUUUCGCCUGUGCCGUUGUUCCGCUCAUCGGCCACAACUACAACCUCAUGAUUUUCGCUGGUUGCGUCUUCGGCCUGUUCUCUGCCGUGGUAGUUUCCUUGAAAAGCAUUUUAGUGGUCGAACUCUUCGGAUUGGACAAACUCACCAACGCAUUCGGCCACAUGUUGGUGGUGCAAGGCCUCUCAAGCAUUGCCGGUGCUCUAGUUGGCGGUCGUCUCUUCGACGUCUUUGCAGCUGGUGCCCCAGAGUUCACGCCAUGGGCUGGUAACUCGGCACCCCUGGUCCAUGCCGCUGACACGUGUUUUUACUUUGCCGGGGCAAGUUUCCUCCUAGCCGCUCUCUUCGCCUCGCCGUUGCGUUGUCUAGCGGUCAGGGAGGUUAUUUCCGCAACUUAUAGUUCCACUCCUCCGGGUGUACUUGGUGCAGGAGGCGUCUACAUUGACGACUACCUUGACUACGGUGAAGGCGGCGGUGGUUUCGAUGAAUCGUCCAUCCCUGCAGCCGAAGCACUCACGGCCGCCAAUUCAAUUGCCAAUGUCCAAUCCCCUUCGUCCAACGCUGGGCCCAGCGUCCUUGGCCAGCCACAGACGUAUGAUCUCGGGAUGGCGAGCCACAUCUGUGAAGCUCCAUCGUCGGUGGGAGGGCCCGCGGCAGAGCCGUCAGAGCCACCACCGUCGGAGACUUCUACUGCUCAGCCCUCAACCGCGACGACAACGUUUCUGUCGCCGGCGCCCCUUCCCUCGAGCCUCUUUCUCACGCCCGACACUGAAAUGCAACAGCAAGGCCAGCAGCAGGUCUCAGUGUCCGACAAUCCCGAUGUUGAGAAGUUAGUCGGCCUCGUUGAUGAUCACGGUGAUCUUACUGCCGGUGAGGAAACUGCAGGCGUGAUUACAACUGCCGGGGUGCCAAUCGGUAACCUGCCCACUCGAGCCGUCGUUCCACCGCCACAGGAGUCGACGAUCGCCUGGACUGCUUCGUCCACUUCCACAGUUUCUUCUGCUCCCACAGAGGUGAAGACAACUAUCGUAGCCGAGGAGCCUGCUCUGGAACCCGUGAAGGAGGAAGAGGAGGAGGAUCUAGAGGACUCAGCCCUACCGCAUUCACCCCAGCCACCGGCAAACACAGCGGGUCCAGACACUGCGCCCUGA